CUCUCUUUUCAGUCAGCAGAAUUUCUGUUAUGAAUAUGUUGCCAAAGACCUUGUGACUCAAGCAUAGGUAGCUAACCUCAAGGUAACAAACCUUUAAUGGAUGACUCAAAAACCAUUCAAAUCAUAUGUAUGUAUCAUCAUAUUUACUGCGAUCAGAAGUUGCUGAAUGCAGGAUGAAAGUGCCAUCCACUUGCCAAAAACAUCCCUGAAAGUAGGAAAAAAGUGUAGUUUUUUUCUUCCUCUUCAAGAUCAACAGUCAUAGUAGGACUGAGGCGCUGGUUUGAUAUAUAGGCCACACCCUGAUAAUAAAUCUUAUGGUGACUAGUUAAUCAUGUUCCACCAUUAGGAUGAGAACAUGAUGAGAUAAUAAUGUUACAACACUAGGGUGAGGCACAAAAUCAAGAGGCCUUUAGAAAAUCUAAAUUUUAAACAAACAAUGACAGGUGCAAUAGCCAAUCAAAUAAUGUCAAAGUGACAAGAACCAUGAUGUGUCAUACCACACACACAGAUUUUAAAUUUUAAAAUUAAUAUUAAAAAUACAUUAAUUUUAUAUAGAUUUAAUUAUCUGAUUAUCUGAAUUCAUGCAUUCUUCUUUCUUUUUUUUCUGGGUCCUACUAUGAUUGUUGAUCGUGAAGGCCUGAGUGCUUUAAUUAUUUGAUAAAGGAGAAAUGCAUAUGGAGCCAGAGUCUGUGAAAGUCUGUCAAGUCUGCUUCCAGUGUUUAGCACCUCAUUACAAGCCUUGGUGUGUAUUACUUUGUUACAAAAAUGCAUCGUCUAACAAACUGCUCAGCAGGUCUUUGGACAACUCACUGUGAAAUUUUGGACAACACUUGUUUUGACACUGAAGCCAGAGUCAGACCACGAUCCAUGUCUGUUUUGUCUAUUUACACCCAGGACAGAUCUAUGUACAGACUUGUUAAGCCUUGUUUAUCACAAAAACUGGAAGCAGGGGAACAGUCCUAUCAAAGCUUUACUGGAAAUACAGAGACAUGGGCAUUUUCCCACCCCACUGGUCUGGUACUUCAAAUGCUGUGAAUCAGAUGGUUUCUAAUACUCGGCCAGAGGACAAUAAGAUUCGACAGGAAGACCUGACCAAGAUCUUGGCGAGUGUUCAGAGUGUUCACACCAAGCAGGAGAACAUUGAUGCCAGGCUAGCAACACUGAAGAGGGAGAAUGAAGCUCUGUGGAGAGAGAUCUCAGAUCUGAGACAGAAACAUGCCCAUCAACAACAGCUAAUCAAAAAGCUGAUACAUUUCAUCGUCACACUGGUUCAGAACAACCACAUCCUGAAUUUAAAGCGCAAAAGGCCAGUUCUUAUGAACAGCAAUGGAAAGAAGCCCAAAUACAUUCAUCAGAUCUAUGAUGAGAAAGUGUGUAUGGACCAGUCAUCUGUCAACAGUCUAAAUGGUGUGAAGGGCUCAGAGAUAUCAGAUGAGGUUGUCAUCUGUGAUCUGACUCAGACUGAUACUGACAUGACGGCUGAGGUCACAGAGGAGUCACCCAGAGCCUAUGAGCAAGGUGAUGUGGAAAUCGUGGAAGUGGAACUGGACAGCUGUGUGCUGCCAGCUGAGACGGAGGUGAGCACCACCUGCACCGCUGAAAUGAAACAGACAGAGGCUGGUGUGUCAGCAGCAGCGGCAGUAGAUGACAGCCAGAGGAGCAAAACUUUAAACAACAGUGGACCAACCAGCAGUGCCCUCCAGCUAAAUAAACCCUCAGCCCUGAGUCUGGAGGACCCUGUAAAGAUGAUGGACUCCAUACUAAAUGAGAAUGGAGCAAUAUCACAGAACAUCAACCUGCUGGGCAAGGUGGAGCUGAUGGAUUAUCUGGACAGUAUUGACUGCAGUCUGGAGGACUUCCAGGCCAUGCUUUAUGGAAGACAGUUUGGUAUCGAUUUUGAUGCCCUUGAGGAUAGUGUGUCCUUCAAAGAGAACAAUGCACAGCUAAAUAGAGGCAGGACAGAUGAAGACAACACAGAUAAGCAGUUGAUCCAGUACACUUCCUGCCCCCUGCUGGCCUUCCUCGAUGGCUGCACCCCUCCUCCAGAGAUAGAUCAGGGCACCAGCAGCACCAGCUCCUCUAAUACCCACCUCCAGCCCUGUUCCAGCUCCAGUGCUUCUGGGGAGGCUGAGCUGCACUCAGAGUUGCUGGACACCAGCCUGGAACUGAAACAGCCAGUUCGCAGCUCCCUGAUACGCCUGGAGCCUCUGACAGAGGCAGAGGCAAGUGAAGAAACACUCUUCUACCUGUGUGAGUUAAGUCCUGCUGGACCAGAGGCUGACUCCACUGCACUGGACAGAGUGUGAGCUGGAACGACUGCUCAUACCACAGACUACAUCCCUCCAUCCUCCAGACAGUACUGACAUUGUGUGUUAAUAUACCCUUACCUCUGUGGCCACCAGGCUGGUGGAAGAAUAAAGGAACCGCAUACACAUUUCUACAUGUAAGACUUUUGCAUUGCAGAUAACAUUUGAGUUACAGAAAUAAGCCACAUUGAAUAAUAAUAAUAAUAACAAUAAUAAUAAUAAUAAUAGUUUAUAGUAUAUAGUUUAACAACCACUGGCAGGUUAUUAACCCUUUGAACCAAAUAAUUGCACCCCUUCUUCUCAGAGUCAUAACUCAAUCAAGACAGAGCAUACCCAACUUACACAAACUAUUCAUAAAGUAUCUCUGUCAUUGCCAUUAAGGAUGAACACCCAUAAACCUCUCAGGAUUCAUAUUAAAUAGAGGCUGCCCAUAUCAUUAGAGCUUUCCUCAUAAUCAUUAAAUGAAACUUUUCUUCUGUAUCAACAGUAAUCCAUCAUCUUGUUGUCUGUACGUCCGUGUUUACACCUGGAUUUAUUUGGCAACAGUAUACUUCCUGUUUACACCACCCAAAGCAUGAUGGGAACAGUAGCAAAACAGAAAGCAUUCUUUUCACAAAUGGAAAUAAAAAAAAAACAAAGUGAGAAAAACUAAUUAAAAAUAGAUUUGCUUUCUGUUUUACAUAGUCAGUAGUUUUUGUCUUUACUGUCUCAAAAUAUGCUGUCAUGGUUUUAUUUCCCUGGAACACUGACACUCUCCACUCACAUAUACACAGACUACAGACACAGGCAAGAGGUUUGAUUUGCCGAAACAUUUUUCAUAAACAUUGUUCUACAUCAUGUCUAGUGACACUGCCUUGCAAAUUAAUAAAAAAAACAGGUGAGGGUUUAAUAGGGUAAACACAUUUUGUGUCUGAAAUUAGUUUUUGAUGACAAGAGUACUUAAUCAUCAUUAUGUUUAUUUUUAUGACUUGAAUGUUUUUUUUCAACACAAUGGUCUCAAAUGUAAAAAUGACUUGAGAGGCACAGACUGACUAUUAUAAGAACAGGGUGACCAGGACCUUGAUUCUUCUUCAGCUUCUCCAUCAGCACAGCUUCCUGUCUGUGCUGUUGGGCCUAAAGACAGAAGCCUUUGGUCUCAUCUGGUCUUCAGCAUUUUCACUCAGCAUUGCAGCACAUCUGGUCUUGCGACAUCAGUGGGGAGGCUUCCUCACCUGAGCUGUAUUAAGAUGUACUAAACCUUUGUAUGUUCUUCUAAAAAUCUGUUUAUUCUGAGUUUUGUUUUUAUCUUUUGCUACAUUUCUGUCCACAUAGCUGAGAUAUUCUUCAUAAAGCAACAUUUCUUCAGA